AUGGGGUUUCUGCAGAAAGGCGGCCUCUGGCUCCCCUCUGGGACUGCUCCCCAUACCUCAGGACCAGCGGGGUUCGUGGGCCGUGGGAUCUUCGCAGCAUCUCUAGUGACCACGCCGGCCCAGGGCCAUUCAUGUGUCCUCUGUCUUGCUCGCCAGGGCUCUGUGACUUUUGAGGAUGUGUCUGUGACCUUCACCCCGAAGGAGUGGGAGCAGCUGGUCCCAGCGCAGAGGAUGCUGUACCGGGAAGUGAUGCUGGAGGUGUGGGCAGUCCUGGCCUCUCUGGGGACAGCUUCCAAACCAGAGCUGAUCUGUCAGCUGGAGCGUGGGCAGGAGCUGUGGACAGCAGAGAGGGGCUUCGCCAAAAGGACGUGUCCAGGUGAGCUCCGCACACGGCCACGAGGACAUCAGUCAGCCUCAUGUGUGGGUGCCUACCCGCUGGGCUCUGCCACGCACUCAGAUGACAAAGCACAGUCCACCUCUGUGCUGGCUGUGACUGAGGGAGCCCCACUCCAGGAACGACCGGCCCGGGGAACCUCCACAUCCUCCAGGUUAGCUGGAACCAGAAGACAGAAUGGGCCACUGGAAGAUGGACCUGCUCAGGACACGUCUGUCCCUGUGGGGUGCGGUUCCUUCAAGUGCCAGCAGUGCGGGAGAACCUUCCGCAGAAAGUGCGUCCUUGUCAAACACCAGCUGACGCACACAGGCGUGAGGCCCCACGAGUGCAGUGAGUGCACAAAGCGCUUCCUCAUGCGAGCCGACCUCGUGCGGCACCUCAUGAUCCACACGGGCGAGAAGCCGUACAAGUGUGCCCAGUGUGGCAAGGCCUACAACCGCAACUCCUACCUCACGCAGCACUGGCGGAUCCACACCGGGGAGAAGCCCUACGCAUGCCCCAAGUGCGGGAAGACAUUCAACCAGCACUCCAAUUUCGUGCAGCAUCAGCGGACCCACACCGGAGAAAAGCCCUUUCUGUGCAACGUGUGCGGCAAGGCCUUCUGUGACAGCUCCUCCUUAAACCGGCACAAGGUGAUCCACGCCGAAAAGAAGCCGUACGAGUGCAGCCAGUGCGGAAAGGUCUUCGCACAGCUCUGUGCUUUCGUCGGUCACCAGAGGACCCACAGCGGGCAGACACCCUUUGAAUGUAAAGAAUGUAAGAAAACCUUCUGUUUCAAGUUUUCCUUGAUGCAGCACAUGUGGACCCACGGUGGAGUAAAGCCCUUUAAGUGCAGUGACUGUGGGAAGAGUUUCAGCCUCAAGAGCAGACUGAGUCAGCACCAGAAGGUGCACAGUGGAGAGAAGCCCUACCAGUGCCAGGAGUGCGGCAAGGCCUUCACCUUCAGCUCCAAGCUCAGCCGGCAUCGGAGGACCCAUGCUAAGGAGAAGGUCUUCGUCUGUAGGAAGUGUGGCAAGGUCUUCGACAAGAGGGCGUCCCUCAACGGACAUCAGGUGACCCACCGGAAGGAAGCACCUUUUGAGUGUAACCACUGCGGCAGAUCUUUUGGCUGGGAAAAACACUUUCAUCGCCACCUGAGCAUUCACACUGAAGAGAAGGUACAUUAA